AUGUCACGAUCUGCUCUGGUUAUUAACAGCACCGUUGGCAAAAGCGCAGCAGUCUCCGAAGAGCAAACCGGCUUCUGGGCCGAUCGAACACCGGUUCAUGAAGCAGCCAGGCGGGGAGAAAUCCUGCAGCUGCAGCAGCUGAUGGAGAGUGGAGCCUGCGUCAACGCGGUCACCUACGACUCUAUCACCCCCUUGCACGAGGCCAGCCUGCGAGGGCAAACGCAGUGUGUCAAGCUCCUGCUGGCUGCAGGGGCCCAGGUGGAUGCCAGGAAUAUCGAUGGCAGUACCCCGCUCUGCGACGCCUGCGCCUCGGGUAGCAUAGAGUGUGUGAAAGUGCUGCUGUCCCACGGCGCCAAGGUGAACCCCCCCCUUUACACCGCGUCCCCUCUCCACGAAGCCUGCAUGAACGGUAGCUCAGAGUGCGUGCAACUCCUCAUCGAUGUCGGUGCGAACUUGGAGGCUCACGACUGCCAUUUUGGGACUCCCCUACACGUGGCCUGUGCCAGGGAGCAUCUGGACUGCGUAAAGUUGCUGCUCAAGGCAGGGGCAAACGUGAAUGCUGCUAAACUUCACGAGACAGCCCUUCACCACGCAGCAAAAGUGAAAAACGUAGAUCUGGUGGAGAUGCUGAUUGAAUUUGGAGGAAACAUUUACGCAAGGGACAACCGAGGGAAGAAGCCAUCGGAUUACACCUGGAGCAGCAGUCCCACAGCAAAGUGCUUUGAGUACUACGAAAAAACGCCUCUGAGCCUGUCGCAGCUCUGCAGAGUUACGGUGAGGAAAGCCGCCGGGCAGCGAGCACUGGAGAAGAUUGCCAGGCUCAAUAUUCCUCCGCGAUUAAUCCAGUACCUGUCCUACAACUGAGAGGGGUGAAGGUGGCCGGGAAGAACGAGAUCGUUAGCUCCCGCAGUAUGA